AUGGGCUUUCCAGCUUUGGGCAUAGAUUUGUUGUCAAACGGGUCAGCUUUAAUCGCUGCCGCCUGCCUCUACAGCUCUAAUAUCGCCUGGACGGUUCUAUAUGACAUGAUCUAUGCGCACAUGGACAUUAAAGACGACGCCAAAGCCGGCAUCAAAAGUAUUGCAUUGAAGCACGACUCGGUAACCAAGCAAAUCCUCACGGGACUAGCUACGACGCAAAUCGCUCUUCUUGCCGCUGCCGGCAUUGCUUCUUGUGCUGGGCCGGCCUUUUUCAUUGGGAGCUGCGGAGGGGCUGCGGUCACUUUGGCACUCAUGAUUAAGAAAGUCAACCUGAAAAGUGUUAAGGACUGUUGGUGGUGGUUUGUCAACGGAUGCUGGAUUACAGGUGGCACUAUUAGCUUGGGUUUGGCAGCAGACUACCUCAUUCAACUCUCACAGAAUCCCAAUGCUGGUGAGGGAAGGGACUCAAAGCCAAGCCAUGACUAG